AUGAAGCAAUCUAUUAUCACUUCCCUUGUGGCUCUUGCCGCCUCUUGCUCUGGUGUCCAGGCUACCGAGAGCUUGAUCAGCUUGCCUGUUGGCCUCUGUGCUGGCAUCCUUGGAGAUGCUGAGUGCAAGCAGCAGAGCACCACCAACGGCCUCAUCAACGUCCCCGUUAACGCCUGUGUGGCUGCUCUUGGCCAGGCGAAGUGUGACCAGGCCAGUUCCUCCAGCAGCGACAGCGAGUCCUUGAUCAAUGUGCCGAUCAACGUUUGCCUUGCUGUCCUCGGCGAGGUCCACUGCAAGCAGAGCUCUGAUUCCAACGGCGGCCUGAUCAACAUUCCCAUUAACCUUUGCCUGGCAGUUCUGGGUGAGGCUGAUUGCCAGGAUGGAUCUACUUCCUCCUCUGCUACCCCCGUCCCUUCUGUGACUGGAUCUUCCAUUCCCACCUCGGCGGCUGCCACCACUGCUCCCUGGACCGCCCCUGCUGUCACAAGUGCUCCUUCGUCCCCUGCUGUCGGUGUCUCCUCUAUGUCCCCUAUCUCUUCUGGCAGCCCUCGUCCUUCCGGUGUCUCUGCUGGACGCUCCUCUUCCGCUAGAGCCUCCUCUGCUAUCACCGUGACUGUUACUCGGACCAAGACUGUCUGUGCCGCUACCUCGGCCUGCGCCGCUGCUACCUCCGCUGGUGCUAAGUCUUCUUCCCUGCGCCGUGUCACUCCUACCACUGCCACUGGCCCUGCCUCCACUGGUGCCUGGACCACUGCUACUCCCAGCUCUGUUCCCUUCAACGCUGCUGGACGUUCCACCGUCUCCGGUGUUGCAGUUGUUCUCGGCGCCAUCGUCGUUGCUGCUCUGCAGAUCUAG